AAUGCUGUAUCAUCAACCCGAAAUCUGAGCGCAGCACAGCUGUACUUCUUCAGCGUCACACGUUGUGAGAAACAUCAAGACGAUACCACAUCAAGAGUGUCAAACCUCUGUCCAAACUCCCCAGUUAGUAGAGCGCUCACCAUCUGUAGACAUUGUACCUUAUACAUCUUGUUGAAAAUCAGUGAUCUGGUAAAAGCCAAUCAUCCAAGACAGUGA